AUGGGUACCGGUAUCGAGGCUAAGAGUCAUGGUAGAUAUCGGGUAUUAUCCAAGCUGUUGAGUUUGAGUGAGCCGUCAGCCGUGGUCCUUGCGGGCGCUAAUAGCUUGUGCAGGGCCCAACAUUCGCAUCCCCGACGAACACCUCCGAAGAAAUUGUUGUCUCCAAGCCGCCUCUCCCACCACAACUUCCUCCCAACGCCUCAGCGGCCAUCCACCCCCGCCGCCAAAUUCCCUCCCUUCACCACCACCACAUCCGCCCUCGCCUCCACCCCCCAUCUCUACUAUCACCACACAAUGGCCGCCGCUCGAUUUGUCCGCCCGGCAUCGCGCCUGCUGUCGGCGUCGCGCCCAGCGCCCAUCUUCCGGCCAGCCUUCCGUGGCACCGCAGCCAUGACACCGUCGAUUGUAGCAAGGAGAGGAUAUGCGUCGGGACAAAAGGAGAUGACGGUGCGAGAGGCACUCAAUGAGGCAAUGGCCGAAGAGAUGGAGCGCAAUGAAAAGGUCUUCGUGCUGGGUGAGGAGGUUGCGCAGUACAAUGGAGCCUACAAGGUCACAAAGGGUCUACUCGACCGCUUCGGCGAGAAACGGGUCAUUGACAGUCCCAUCACAGAGUCUGGUUUCGCUGGUCUCACUGUUGGUGCUGCCCUUGCUGGUCUACACCCAAUUUGCGAAUUCAUGACCUUCAACUUCGCCAUGCAGGCCAUUGACCAAAUCAUCAACUCGGCCGCAAAGACACACUACAUGUCUGGUGGUAUUCAGCCCUGCAACAUCACCUUCCGUGGCCCCAACGGGUUCGCCUCCGGUGUCGCUGCCCAACACUCCCAGGAUUUCACUGCGUGGUACGGAAGCAUUCCCGGAUUGAAGGUCGUCACCCCAUACAGCGCCGAGGACGCAAAGGGUCUGUUGAAGGCCGCUAUUCGGGAUCCCAACCCAGUCGUCGUCUUGGAGAAUGAGCUUCUGUACGGUCUUUCCUUCCCCAUGAGCGAAGAAGCUCAAAAGGACGACUUUGUCAUUCCCUUUGGCAAAGCCAAAAUCGAGCGCCCCGGCACAGACCUCACCAUCGUCACCCUCUCCCGCUGUGUCGGCCAAUCCCUUGUCGCGGCUGAAAUGCUGCAAAAACAACACGGCGUCAACGCCGAAGUCAUCAACUUGCGCUCCAUCAAACCCCUCGACGUUGAAGCCAUUGUCAGGUCCGUAAAGAAGACGGGCCACAUGCUCUGCGUUGCCUCGGACUUCCCCUCGUUUGGCGUCGGCGCCGAAAUCAUGGCUCUGACGUGCGAGUACGCAUUUGACUACCUCGAGGCGCCGCCGGCCCGCAUCACGGGCGCAGAGGUGCCCACGCCCUAUGCCCAGAAGUUGGAGGAGAUGAGCUUCCCGACUGAACAGUUGAUUGUGGAUUACGCGGCUAAGUUGUUGAGGGUGUAA